AUGUCAACAACGAAUUCCCAAUCAAUGAAGUUACAAAUGCAACCGUCUAAUAUCAUCAACCAAAAGCGAUGCAAGCAAAUGACGAAUGCAAUUAUAAUGACAUAUCCCGAUGACAAUGAGACUACUAAUGAUAUGGCAAUAUGUCAAACGAUCUCGAGCUUACCAUCAUCUACGGGAAAUGCAACACAUUGGUUAAUCAAAAUUAGCAAAUCAUGGCACUAUGUUCAUAAGCAUCAAAUGUCUAGCACUGAAGACAAUAAUAUGGCAGUUGAAUCAACUUCAAGUGGCAACCUUAAUGAGGAAAAUGUUCCUGACCCUUCUAGCGGCAACAAGAAUGCAUCAAACCCAGCUAUUGCUAAAGAUGUCACCUCGAUUUCAAAAGCGCGUAAAAAGAAGUCAUGGGUUUGGGAGCAUUUUAAAUCAAAUGAGGAUAAGAAAGAUCCUAAAGCUAAUUGUAAGUAUUGUACUAAAUCUCUCGUAUGUCCUCCUUCCAGUGGUACUAGUUGUUUGAGCAAUCACUUGUCUAGAUGUAAGAAAUAUCCUUAUAAUGUGGACAAAACUCAAGGGACUUUAGCUUUUACACCCACACAAAAAACUGAUGAAGGGGGUACUACAAAUAUGCUUGCUAAUUGGAAGUUUGAUCAAGACGAGUGUAGGAAGUGGCUUGCUAGAAUGAUCAUUGUUGAUGAGUUGUCUUUUAAUUUUGUAGAACAUGAAGGCUUUCGUGAAUUUUGUCGUGUGAUUCAACCACGUUUUUUGGUUCCCUCACGUAGAACUAUAGGAAGAGAUUGCUAUAAUAUUUACAAAGAGGAUAGGGAAAAAUUGAAAAAAACUUUUAAGAAAUUUGCUUCGACAAUUUGUCUGACAACUGAUACUUGGACAUCUAUUCAAAAUAUGUCUUACAUGUGUCUCACUGCGCAUUUUAUUGAUGAUGAUUGGAAAUUGCAUAAAAGAAUUAUUUCUUUUUGUCCUAUUGCUGGUCAUUCUGGCGAGAUACUUGGUAUGGCUGUUGAGAGAUGCUUGCUUAAUUGGGGAAUUGGUAGAGUUUUUACUAUAACUGUUGAUAAUGCAUCUUCAAAUGAUCAAUGCAUAAAAUAUUUGCAAAGAAGGUUAAAUAGUUGGAAUGGAAGUGUCUUACAAGGUGAAUAUUUGCAUAUGAGAUGUGCUGCUCAUAUAUUAAACUUAGUUGUCAAGGAUGGUUUGAGUGAAUUAGAUGACUCCAUUGUGAGGAUUAGAACUGCAGUGAAAUAUGUGAGAUCUUCCCCUUCUAGACUUCAAAAGUUCAAUAAUUGCGUAGAAAAGGAGAAGAUAGAUUGUAAGAGUCAUUUGUGCUUAGACGUGGAAACUAGGUGGAACUCAACAUAUAUGAUGUUGGAGGCAGCAUUAAAAUUUCGAAAAGCUUUUGAUUUGUUAGAGAUUAUUGACAGUAAAUAUGUGUUGGAACUUACUUUAAAGAAAGGUACACCUACUAAUGAUGAUUGGGACUAUGCUAGAACAUUGUUGCCUUUUCUUAAAGUUUUUUAUGACACUACUUUGAGUUUUUCAGUCACUAGCAAUGAGUACAUGAAAAAGAUUUUUGGUCUUGGAUUGAUGAUCAAUUCAAAGAUUGAUAGUGAUGAUCCUAGUUUGAAACGAAUGGCUUUGAAAAUGAAGGCGAAAUGCAAGCUGGAGUAUGUUGAUUGCUUGAUCGAUAAUUUUUAUGACAAGAUUAUUGCAAGUAAGUUGAAAGAUAAAGUGAAAAAUAUUUUAGAAGCAUUAUUUCAAUCUUAUGACGCAUCUCAACUUCAUCCAAGUGUGGACACGAGCGUAGAGCAACAAACACCUGAAUCAAAUUUAGAAUUUGGGUAUAUUCAAGAUGUAGCUCAUUAUGCUGAUUUUAUGUUUAAGAAGCAAAAGGUGGGUGAAGAUAAUUCAGAUUUCAAAUCUGAAUUAGAAAAAUAUUUACAUGAUGCUCGUGAAAAUACCCAGUCUUCAUUUGAUUUACUAGGUUGGUGGAAAUCAAAUGCAUCUAAAUAUCAUACACUUUCUUUAAUAGCUAGAGAUGUGUUGGCUAUGCCCGUAUCCACAGUUGCAUCUGAAUCUGCUUUUAGCACUGGAGGUCGUGUUCUUGAUUCAUUUCGAAGUGCUCUAACCCCUAGACUUGUGGAGUCUCUCAUUUGCUCACAAAAUUGGUUGAGAAGUUCUUUCCAACCGAUAUAUCGUGAUAAUAUCAUAGAGCAGUUCGAGUCAAUCUCAUUGGAGUCAUCAUGUGUUACCGAUGAUCACCCUCUAUGCACAAUUGAUGAUUAA